AUGCUUGAAUCUCAGUUGCAACCAAUGGAAAAUAUAAGUUCAGAGGGAAUGAGCAUGAGUGGUUACUAUGGUACUCAACAGAACGUUCAAGGAUUGUUAAAUUUAAUGGAGCCACCUCACGAAGGCUACUAUGUAAAUCAACGAACCAUACAAGGCCUGGAUUGUCAUGGUUUGGUUCUUGUGUUUCAGGGACAACUGAAUUCCAUAGCACCAGUGCAGGAUAGCUUCUUCACGAAUCAGCAAGCAAUGCCUGGGCUGGGUCAAAUCGAUUUCAGGCCUCCUCCCAAUUUUACUUACAGCUUACAGGAUGAGCAUUUGAGAUCUGCCCAGUUGCCUGGUAGUUCAUCAAGACAGCUAUAGAAACUCAACAGAUCUUCCAUUUGACCCGAGUUGCAAUUGACAAGAACAAAUAAAAUAUUUUAGAUUGGUCUAUCUAUAUUAUGGGUUUCCCUUUCCAUAUAUGAAUAUGACUGAAAUGUUGUGUAUCCGAACGAACGAUUAGAGUUUUAUGACUUUAUCUCAUUAAGUAGAAGGCACCUUUUGACACGGUUCUCCAAACAGACACAAGCCAAGUCUCCUCUGUAUGUUUUUAGUUUUAAAAAGGUUAUUUUCGUG